CACACAGCCAGCUCCGAGUCAGGAGCGGAUCAUCUCUUCAUCUGAUACUAACCGUCGAUGAUCUGCAAGUGUAACACCAUAAGUAUGAGGGCUCCGAGGAGUUCUUUACGUCGCUGGUCGCCGUAUCACACGAGGACGAGCGUUAAAAGGUAAUAUAGUAGCGUUAACGAAAUAUUUGUCAUCUAAGUGCGUUCUUUUUCGCCUCCCCGCUGAUAUUUACAGGUUGCUUCACCACUAGCACGUUGUCAAGCAUUUUCGCUCUUUUCUUUUUACAUUCGUUGACCCCCACCGCUCCUGGUCUAUCAAUUUUUUUUCUUAGAUAGAUGCGGAUUUUCGCGCUGCUGUCAGUGCUUGGUAUAGCACUACAGGUGCCAGUGGUGACCGCUCAAGACGGCUCCAUAUCUGGUCCAACCAGCAGCUCAUCUGCUGCUGGGUACUCAUGCGAUCCCAGCCAAUGCCAGUUGCCCAACUGCAAUUGUGCUAGCACGAGUCCCCCAGGUGGUCUUUCUCCUUCGGACGUACCACAAUUCGUUGUCUUCACUGCCGACGAUGCUAUUCAGUCCUAUACUAUCGACUCCGUUAAUCAGUUCCUCGCUCAACGGAAGAACCCGAACGGCUGCCCUAUCAAGAUGACGUACUUCACGUCUCUUAACUAUACCAACUACACGCUCGUCACCGAUUGGUACGUUGCAGGGAACGAAAUCGCUGAUCAUACGAUGACACAUGUCGGUUCACCUCCGGCGGAUGAGAUUAACGGCAACAUCAUUGCUCUCAAUGCACUGGCUGGCAUCCCGAUGAACGCCAUCCAAGGUUUCCGUGCUCCUUACUUAAACUAUACCGCUCAGACUUUGCAGCUCCUUGCGAAUGUUGAUUUCACAUAUGAUUCUUCCUCCGCCUCAUCAAUUCCUGUCACCGACCCAGGUACCGAUGCGUACUGGCCUUAUACGCUGGACUAUGGUCUUGCCAAUGAUUGUCUGACUGUCGAUGGUAUAUGCAAGGGCCUACCUAAGAUCCCUGGCCUUUGGGAAAUUCCUAUGUAUGCAUUCUUUGACGACCUCGGGGUCGACGGUCCGCACCUCAUGGACCCCUGGCUGGAUACUGCCAAUGGGGCCAGUGCCGUAAACGACAGUGCCACAUUUGAGUACAUGAAAAAUACAUUUACAGAUCAUUACGCUGGUAAUAGGCAACCAGUUGGUCUCUACACCCAUCCCAUUCAUCUUUCGACCACUUAUCCCGGUGUUGACCCCCCAAACAGCACGAUCAAGAUGAUAAAUGAAUACCUCGAUUGGGUUCAAAUGCAGCAGGAUGUCUGGAUCGUUUCGAACGAGCAGCUUCUUGCUUGGGUCCGAAACCCUGUGCCUGUAUCGGAGCUAGACUCCUUUGAGCCUUUGAAGUGCCCGACUCCGCAGGUUGACCCGUCUACCAAGAUUUGCAAUGGUAUUCCUCAGAACGAAGCUGGUCUCCUGGAGGAAUGUGACUUUUCUGACUUCCCUUUCUUCACUUGCUAUGGCUGCCCGCAAGUAGAGGUAUCCCCUUCAAAUCCGAACCCACCGCAGCAAGUCCCAACGGGCGAACAGAUGAGAUACAGACUACCUUCCAACUGCUCCACACCUUUCUGGGAUCCUAUUGCCGGGUCGUGCCUGUGCCAGUCCUCCGAAUGCGCAUUCACGGAUAACUCGCGACCUAUCGGGCCCAACGGAGCAAACUUAACUGGUGGUGGAACCGGCGGUGACGGAGAUAGCGAUUCUUUCGGUACACCGACGCCCACGUAUAUCAACUUCAAUGGCGCCAAUCCCAUUAAGCUGUGGAGUGGCAGUCUCAUUGGCAUGACGUGCGCUUUAGCUGUGGGCGCCUUUGGCGCUGCCACAGGAUGGGCUCUCGUUAACGUUUAAGAGAUGAAAGAGCAUAGAACUCUUCGAACACUGACACUGUAUGAUAUUCACUGGACAUAGGUUUACGAUCAUUACUUUUCAUGAUGCCUUAUCGACUUUCUCACCUACUUACUCGCAACACUUGGGCCGCAUUAAUGAACCACUGACUCAUGUUGAUAGCCAGGACUAGUACUACUGUAUACAUAUUCGCCCGGCUUUAUUGUUGCUCGUGUUAUCUUAGAGCAUAUGUCGGUAGCCGCAUCUGUCGAUAAAUAAAAUGACAAGUCCUUCUCUAGUUUAGGCUGCAGGAGGAUUAAGUGCGAUUAGGUUGAAUUACGAAAGACGCACCGCGCGUGAUCGUUUGAACUCUACCUUACAAUUUCAUAGGCUAGCCGCGCCAAGUUAUAGGAGCUUGCAGUUACACUUACACGCAAUAUUGCCUGUUGACAUCCAUUUC